UUAUACAUUUUCAUUUACACCCCCCUAAAACCCCUGUGAGCAUCGGAGACGAAGAAAAAUGUCGAACAUGCAGGUUUUGAAAGACUGGUUCGACCGAGUUGACUCAGACAAAACAGGGAGCAUCACAGCAAUUCAACUCCAGAGGGCUCUUGCUGUUGGAAAUCUACAAUUUCCCAUCACAAUUGUUCAACAAAUGAUCAGGAUGUAUGAUUUUGAUAGGAAUGGAACCAUGAGUUUUGAAGAGUUUGUGGCCCUUAACAAAUUUCUUCUAAAGGUCCAACAGGCCUUCUCAGAUUUAGAAAGGGGCCGUGGGUUUCUUGCUCCUGAUGAAGUGUAUGAGGCUUUGCUGAAACUUGACAUCUCUAUGGAUUCUCCGGCAUUUUACACAGUCUGCGAGAGCUUUGAUAAAGAAAAAAAGGGAAAAUUUCGGCUGGAUGACUUCAUGUCCCUUUGUAUCUUUGUCCAAUCUGCUCGGAACCUUUUUAAUUCUUUCGACACUAGUAAGCAGGGCAGGGUGACGCUUGACCUCAAUCAGUUUAUCUACUGCACUGCAAAUUGUAGAAUAUAAAGUCCAGAUCAUAUCAAUAUCCCAGGUUGAUAACGCAAUUCUACUUCCUACAGACGCGUUUGAUUAUCUUUGUAUCUUUGUAUUUAUUGUGGUUACAUAUAUUCAUUGUGAUUCGUGCAAUCACGUUGUUCUGAUUAUUGUAAAGUAGUUUGGAACGGGAUCUGGCUUGUAAUUUAUGCGUGUAACAACAAGAUGGACACUUAUAAGUAAUCUUAUUAUUCAUGGUUCCAUCUUAUUUCCAA